CCAUUCAUUUGCGAUAAACAGCCAGUGUCGCUCAAACCGUCGUUGGUGAUGCUCGCUGUCGGCAAAUAGUAUUCGGAGGUUAUUAAAAGUUUAAACAAUCACGUUAUUAUGAAUUAUAUCCAAUAACCGAUUGAAUGGUGUUGUGAUAGUGUGUUUCAAAACAUCCGCUGCUAUCUGACUGUCAAAAACGAACUGUCGCGUCUCAUUAUUGAAAGGUCCAGUAUUAGUUUGGUAAAAGUGUGUGCCGUGAACGCUUGAUGCUUUUAUUUGGACUUGAUUAGACGGUUACUAUUCUUUUAUCACAUUGAAAUCACAAAUGAUUAAGUUGGAAUCUCCUGAGGUCCACAUGUCUUUGCCGCGCGCCCCUGACCCCGCCGCCCUGGCCGCUUACUGGGCGGAGUACGAGGACCUGUGUCGUCAGAUCACCACGACUGCCAGCAACGACGAUGACGACAACCACUAUGAAGAGGGCGAAUUAGAGACUGAAUGGCUCCAAUCAGCUGGGCUGGCGUCCCUGGCGGCGCCCUUCCAGGCCGGGCUGGAGGUGUCCGAGGCUCAGCUCGGAGAGGCCGUCCGACCCCUGCCGAGGGAACAGGCGGCGGCGGUGAGGCGAAGAGUGAGGAGGCUCAAUAGAACAGUCAGACGAAGACGGGCUGCCUCUCGAGCCAAGAAACCGGAUAUACGAGAUGUCUUCAGAGACUUGGAGAACUCUAGUGGUAGCGAGCCUCGUUCCCGUAGUGCCACCCCCGAUUCUCUGGACUCGCUGCCCAGCGGUGGGUCCGGCUCACCCCCCACUGAGUGGGCAGACACCGCCACGCCUCCAGAUUUCGUCGACAGUUACCCAGUGGGAACCCACGCUCCCCUGGCCCGCACGCCUUCAGCCCCGGCCCGUAGAAUCCGCGUUUCUCCUCCUGGACCUAACGCUCACUCCCCGCCCAGACCAUGCCACGAGCUGUUCAAACCCAAUGACCUGCACUGGGCCGACAUAGCAUCUAAUACUGAAGGUAUCGAGCUUCUGGGAUACCAGAGAUAUGGAACCGUCCAAGGUCCCAGGAUUGGCAAGGAACGUAUCAAUGGCACCAUACUGAAGAGCAACGAUCCUUUCAUAAAACAUACGGCCGUGUCUCGGACCAAGAGUGCUGCGAGCGCUCAGCAGCCGCUCAGCUUCGAACAUAAGUUCAAUCUGGACCGACAGAUGCUGGACCACGAGGAGGAGUGGCCGGAAGUGGACAGCACAGUCGACAUAGAGACGGUCUCCGAGCCUCAGUUGAAGAAGCUGCAGCCGCUGCUGUGGCUGGAGCUGACCGCAUUGUUCGACCGGUACUCGCUGCCCUUCCACAAGAGGAAGCCGCCCAAGAAGAAGAGGAAAGAAGAAGGAGCCGUGUUCGGCGUGUCCCUGGAGACGUUACUGAGGAAGGAUAUGUUAUUGUGGGAGGAGACGUGGAGCUCCGUGCCGGCCGUGCUGAGGGCGCUCGCCUCCGCGCUCAGGGACCGCGCCGCACAAUCCGGCCUGCUCAGGGUCCCCGGCAACAAGCACAAGAUCGAGGCGCUCUGUCAACUGAUCGAGCGUCAGUGGUACGAGGACCGCUCGUCCGUGGAGUCAGCUCUCCACCGCGCCACGGGUCACGACCUCGCCGCCGUCUUCAAGCGUCUCCUGCGCUCCCUGCCCCAGCCGCCGCUCACACAGGAGCUCAUGAGACUCUUCUACCAGACAUACACACUGUCGGGCGCCAGUCAAGGCCGCGCGCUGAACCUCCUCGUGCUGCUGCUGCCGGCCGAGCAGCGCGCCACACUCCGCGAGGUGCUGCGCCUGGUGCGGGAGAUCGCCGCCAUGGCCGACACCAACAAGAUGAACGAACACAACGUAGCCAUGAUCAUAGCGCCCGCCCUGUUCCCGCCCAGUCUCCUCAUCAAGCAAUCGGACAGCCUGGAGACUCAGCUGGCGACGGCGGCCAACAGUGUCCACGUGACGGAGGCUCUGAUGCGAUGGUGCGACCGUCUGUGGUGCGUACCUCCUUCACUGCUGGCAGCCUCACACCGCAAACCUGGACCCCACAGGAGGAACAAUCACACUUGAAUCGCAGGUCGACCGUGUGUGGUCUCUCCCAAGCGAAGAUUCCCGAGAUUCCGAGGGACAGUACGGUGCUGAGCUAUCGUGUGUUCGAGUGCUGUGUUAGAAUCCAUAAGUGACGGUUAUUGUAAAUUCAUAUGCAUAUACUCUGUGUUAAUUUGACAGUUAACGCAUUUAGUAUGGUAUAAACAAUGUGAAUGAGAUGCCAAAUAUUCAUUAUAUCGAGUUGUACUUAGUUGUAUUUAGUGAUUUCUAUUCCAGUUGUUUCCGAGGCUGCUGUAUUCUUGUUAUAUUCGAGGCGUAGUGCCAUCGUGUCCGGUUCGGUCGAGUUACCAUUCGCGUUCGCUACACUAUGGUUGUUGUAUUGGUGCCUUAUGUAUGAUAUUUAAAUGUAAAUAGUUUACUGUUACGUCUUACCGAUAUACGAGACGAGCGAAGACUGACUUGGUGUAUUAUCUAUUCAAAUGUAUGUUAUUAUUUUAUAAAUGUAUUUACUUCACAAAUAAAAAAAAAACGUUAUUCAAA